AUGGCCCGUACCAAGCAGACCGCUCGCAAGUCCACCGGAGGAAAAGCUCCCCGCAAGCAGCUGGCCACCAAGGCUGCUCGCAAGAGUGCUCCCGCCACCGGAGGAGUGAAGAAGCCUCAUCGUUACCGUCCCGGAACGGUCGCGCUGCGUGAAAUCCGUCGCUACCAGAAGUCCACCGAGUUGCUGAUCCGCAAGUUGCCCUUCCAGCGGCUGGUGCGUGAAAUCGCCCAGGACUUCAAGACGGAUCUGCGCUUCCAGAGUUCGGCCGUGAUGGCGCUGCAGGAGGCAAGCGAAGCCUACUUGGUUGGACUGUUCGAGGACACGAAUCUGUGCGCGAUCCACGCCAAGCGGGUUACGAUCAUGCCCAAGGACAUCCAACUGGCUCGGCGCAUCCGUGGAGAACGUGCUUAAGGAAAUUGCUCUCAAUCCUUACCCCAAUUAAACGGCCCUUUUCAGG